AUGCCAUUCUUUAUUGCUCUGAUAAUAUUGUGCAUAAUUGUGCUUACAGCUAUAAUGUUAUGUUCUGCUAUACUCUUGGCUAUGUGGCAAGAACGAAAAUCUUCUCGUUAUAAAACUUUCUUUUAUAAAAGUUGGUGGAACGAGGGAUUUAUUAACUUGUUUACGUUCAUUUUCUUCCUAUUGACUAUGUAUGCACGAUGCUUCAGCAAUACGGCUUUCAUCUUCCUCUAUUUGAAUCGUUAUCCGUGGUGGACGAAGUUUGCGCAGAUCACCGUAGAGCACGUAUUGUGUAUACAGAUUAUGAACGUGCUCUUAACAGUGGCAGCACGAUUUUUCAACUUAUGCUUACCACUCUCAAGAAUUGCUCUUGUUGCCGAAAAAUUGGGGAACUGGCAGAUUUUUGUGCUACAGGCUUUUGUUCCCACUCUGGUAGUUAUUCCGUUGUACGCCCUUUUUGAUUUCCAAUAUGGAUUAGAUGAUGUCACAACUCCACUGUUACUGAGAUCCCCCAGCGUACAUUACGACCAGAUUAUGCUUCUUAUCGGACUGAUUUAUCGAGUUGCCGCACUUGUACUAUGUGUAUUCGUUUAUAUCUCUCUCUUCUGGACAGUGCGGAAAAAAGCAAAACGCAGUGAGACAAACAUUCUGAUUUAUGGCGGAUGCCUAUUACUAGCACUUGCUGCUGUGGUGUUAUGCACUAUAUGCCGAGGUUUUCGUAUAGGAGAGGAUGAGGCAUUCAUGCGGCUGUUUUAUUUAACCUUGAUGUUGUGGAUUCCAUGCACUGAUAUACUAAUGACAAUAUGCGUUAUAACGCCAGUACGGGAGAGUAUUUUCAAACGGUUCAAAAAGUUUCGUAUAAUUUUUGCUGCAAGUACGAAUGGUGAAUCUUCGUGA